CUAUGAACAUUCAGGCGUCAGACGCUCGUCACAGAUAGAAGGGGGCGGGUGUGUUUAUAUCCUGAAUGUAUUGUUGAAAACAAAACAACAAAAGAGACUUUUCUCAUUUUCUUUUACUAUCUGCAUAUUUCUGGGACUUAUAAUUGGCGUUAUGGCUGAAGAGGAAAUAACAGUGAACCGAAUGGCUAAACCAAACAACGUCAACGCACGACCUGGUCAACUAAAGUUGUAUAUCUGCCCCACGACCGGGGGUUCCGUGCGAGUGGUUGUACCUACAGUAGAAACUGUGCAUGGACUAAAAGUGGCCAUAGCUCGCAAGAUACGGAUUCCACCGGAGAGGAUUAAUCUGCUAUUCAAAAACAAGAUUUUGAAAGAUGGAACGUUGUUUGACAACCAAGUGGUAUCUGAGAGCAGGAUUACUCUGUUACCAAAUAUGGCAAGUGGAAUGACGUUUCAAAGGCCAGAAAAUGGAGUAAUGCAAGCGUUGGAAAAUCUGACCGAGUCACAAGUGAAUGAUUUUCUGUCUGGCCGAGCACCACUCUUACUAGCAAUGAGAUUGGGCGACCACAUGAUGUUCGUUCAGCUUCAACUUUCAACAACACAGUGUGUCAGUCGGCGUUCACGUGGUCACACUACACCGAUGAUGUCCACACCACCAACAUCUCAGUCCCAUGCUGUCUUCCCUCCCUCAGCUGCCAUCACCCCUGCUUCGCUGGCCGAAGCGAGCCGCAACCUGUCACAGAAACUGCGAGAGCUGACUCGACUUACAGGGCAUGCAAAGGUUGGAGAGUCUGCCCAAGUGACUGUCUCUUCCCGAGUUCCCACUCCCUCCACCCCUAUCUCCACCCCCCAUCCCCCCUGCUCAAGCCCAGGUGCUGUGAUCGACAGCAUGCACCAUCUUGGACAGGGAGUGUACUCGGGAACGUUUUCAGGAACACUUGAUCCAACUUUACAAGAUGUUGAAGGUCGACCUAGGAAAGAUAUUGCAACUAUUGUACAUAUACUGAAUGAUCUGUUAGGAGCUUCACCACAUCUUCAUACUUGCCGCCCGUUUUUAGUUCAACAUCCUACCCCCAGGCGGCACUACCACAGAGAACCUACAGGUUUGUCCAGCUCUAUGAGUCAAGGCAAGCCUGAUGACUCUGCUCUUCGGGGGAAGGUCAGGCAGCUGCAGAUGAUGAUGGAGGAGAAGCGUCUGCGUCGCAAGGCCAGACGGGAAAUGAAGGCUCCCUACCAAUGGACAAAUAGCCGCUCACUUAGUGAGGACACGCCCACAUACUGCCAUCAUGCAGCGGGCAACCCUAGAGACAAUGUUCCGACCACUUCAGCUGGACAUUCGGACACGAACAAGAUGGAAAUCCCGGAUAACAUGGAGUCUUCCUCGUACCGAAACCCAAACUUGGAGCAGGAGACUGUUGCAGUCUGAAAGCUCUGAGAUGAUUGGUCGGUUUAAAAUUUGGUUGACCUUUACCCAAAUUAAGGUCAAAUGCUUAGCCGCAUUGUUGGAUGGCCCUUGAGCCUUUGUUUGGCUUGACCUUUAAGGUCAUGAGCCAUUAUGGGAACGUAUCGUAACUGGUAGAAAGAGACUCUCCAUUGAUUGGUUCAAAUGUCUUGAUGGAUCUGACAGGAAGUUAGCUGCCAGGUGGCUUAUGGGAUGGCUAUGGAUGCGUGGCUGACAAAAAAGCUGAGAAUCUGCUGCUGGAUUCCGCAUCUCGGUGUAUGUCAUGUGACAGGAACUGAUGUCACAGGCCUGUUUGUCACUUAGUCUAGUGACAGCCCUCACGAAGAGGCUAUACCCUGUAUUACUGUGUAGGGUUAGAUCAGUGUAGUUCAUAUGUUGACAUACCUUUGUACAUUGACUCGUUUUCUCAUCACUUUCUGCAUGGUAUGGGAAUUUCUUUUCUUCACUAUUUCUUUGUUGUUCUCUGAUGGUGCAACUCACCUGCUUUUACAGAGGGUAUGUUACAUAACAGCCAUCUCUCUGAUUGUAUAUGGUUGUACGUGUGUCGAUUUGUUAAUAACUCAAGCCUUCAUGUCAGUCCGUAUGGAUGUGUACUUUUGGUCAAUUCUUGUAUAUAUAGAUGUUUAUUAGUGCUAUUUAUGACAUGUUUAGCUGUAUGUCAUACACAAGAACCAGACUUUGAGUGAUGUUUUCCACAUGAAACUCAUGAAGAUCGGACAGAAAAUCCCUUGCAAAACUGGCUCCAAACCAAGUCGAAUCACAUGAACUUGAUAAGAAGUAAAUAUAUAGGUCUAGAAUACUAGUCAACCAUAAAUAUUUAUCAUAUGCCAAAGGAACAUACAUUGAUUCCCAUCACAUUUGUAUAUCCCCUAAAUGAAUUUAAUUUAUCAGUGAAGUAAAUAGAUUUUAAAAUUGGAAGGUGAAAGAGACGUUUAAGAUGCUGCUGUUUGUCUACUGUUUUCAGUCGUUAAGACAUAAUUUGAUUAAUUCAGCAUGAUUUCAAUAUAACAUCACAUACUAUUAAAGAGAAAAAAAUGUAUCAUCAGUAAUAUUUAAGUAACUGAUACAUGUAUUACUUAUUACGAUGAAGAUGGAGCGAAGAAUCAAAUAUGUCUUGGUGAUGAAGCAGGAAUAUAUUAAGUUGUGUGGAAGAUAUCACUCUGUUCAAUAUGUACUAUUUUUUGUUAGUUAUAUCGCUAUGUUGAAAAGCACCAUGGCUUCCUCACACUAACAGAUUUCAAUAUCUGUGUAACAAUUAUUGGUGUUUGUGCUGGCACAAAUUUCAAUUAGUCACUGUGACAUGUAGACAAAAAAUGUGUGUUUAAUAUUGUUAAAUACAGCAUUUCUUACUUUUACAUUUUACACAUUUUUAUCUGAUCUUCACCUAUUAAAUCAUGUUGUAACUUUCAUGUACUCCCUGUUGUUAAAGUUUGAAUAAUGAGUGAAUGUGAACGGAUGUCAGAUAGCAAAAACUGAAAGUGAUUCUAAAUAUGCGUGUUACUCCAGCAAUCUAUAGCUAGUUACCGGGUAAUCAUUUCUGAAUGGUUUGGUUUCCAUAAUGACAAAAAGAUACGCCAAAAUCUGUUCUUGAUAUAGCAUCUGAGUUGUUUAUAAUUUUAAAGGUAUUUUUAGUAAAGCAUUUUUUUAUAAAUCAAAUUAAAUUUUGUAUUGAACUUUGGAAUGUCAUGUGCAUAUAUGUUACAAUUAGUAACUAUCUUUCUUCUUGAAUUAAAUCCAUGAAUGACAUAUUAUUUAAAAUUAAACAUUAAUUCUUUUUGUUAAUCACAAUAAUUGUAUUAUAUGACACUUUGUCAAUGUCUCAGGAAAACGCUAGCGUAUAUGAGCACAUAUACCGUAUUCGACAUAAUUAGCGCCCAGGGCGCUCUCAAAAUUAGAAAUAGGGGCUCUUAUUAGAAUAAAAUUUUGGUGAAAAAAAAAAAGAGUUGAAAGUGUAAAUUUCGUGGUUUAUGCUGACAGCCUGACAUGAUACAAAAGAAAAGUCUGUGUGUAUUAUACGCAACAGAUAUAUUUUCCAGAAUUCAAUUGCCCAUAAUUAAGGGUGCAUAUCACACCCAAGUUCGUAUUAUACUCGAAUAAACAAGUCUUGUGUACAUUGAUCAAUUGGAAGGGGUGCUAAUUGCGAUUGUUCACGAGCAAAUAAUGCCGUGGGCACUUAUUAGAGUGGGGCGCUUAUUACGUCGAAUACAGUACUUAGAAAGAGAAAUUGUCAAUAUGAUGGGGAGUAACAAUUCAAUUAUGGGCUGUGAGUAACGUGUAUGAAAUAUAAACAAGGAAGUGUUUUCCUAUACAAUAUUCUUUUUCAAUCUUGACAGGAAUUGGUUUUCUGAAUUUUAUGAAUGACUUUCUUCUGGAUAGGAGAAAUAUAUUGAUUAUAGUAUCGCUUCAGUCACCUGUCUCCAAGUUUCCGUAUUUGUUCUUGCAGUCCCAUGAUGCACUUCUACCCCGCGCCACAUCACUUAUGUGCCGCACACAGAUGUUUAAGCACUGUGUGUUUUGCUGUCAGUGACCAAAAAUAAAUCCAUUUAAAAAAUGCUGUCAGUAUUCAGAAAUUUAGGUUGUAAAUAAAGAAUAAAAUUUAAAAAUAUAUACAAUGUAUAUUUAUAUUUCAUAGAUAUACUAUGUAUAUCACAAAUUCAUAGCUGUUAAUUAAACUUUGAAACUAAUGUAAUGUUCGAAUAGGUUGAACACAUUGCAGUGAAUGAAAUAAAGAUUAAAUAUUAAUAAUCACUGUGUAUAUUGACUCUUGAGAACUCAUGCACUGCAAUAUGUACAACUUGUUUUAUAUUAAUCUUAAAGGAUUUUACACUUGAACAAAAAUCAAAAUUUAUUUUGGACUUAUUCAUUACUGCAAAUAACUAUGUCAGUCAUAUCACGUUAUUUCCAAUCCAGGUAUAUUAAUUUAUGAUUAUCUUUAAAUAAAAAACAGCACCUGUGCAUCCUCGUCUGCUCCUACCCUACUGACAGUUUGUUCGUUCCCACAAUUUUAAAUCAAUGGGUGAUAUAUGUUUUUUCUUUAUUAAAAAUGACAUUACAAUUUUCAAUCAAUAUUUACCCGUCUUUACAUCAGGAAAAGGACUUGAAGCAGGUGUGAAUAUGGGACUGGUCAUUUAUCACUGAAUUGGGUGGGUCAAAUUGUUUUAUUGAAUUAAUGAUUGUCAUAGUUUUGGCUGACCCUCCUUUUCACUUUUUUCAUGACCUUCCCAGAAUGUGUGUAUCAUUUUUUAUGACCCUACCCAAGAGACUGUCAUUGUGGGGGGGGUCCCUCCCCUGCUUCCCUCGGACCCACUCCCUAUUAUACAUGUCAGGUCCCUGAGGUUGAUUGACUUAAAAGUGAGUGAUGUUUCAUAUUUAUUUGGUUUUAUUUGUCAGCUGAUCUGACAUAAUAUUAUGCGCAUAAAUAUCUAAAAUGAAAUGAUAAUUCCAUCAUUUUGAAUCAUUUGUUGAAUCAUUCUGUUUUGUAACAUUAUGCAGACUGGUUUGCUACUCCGUGAAAUUGCAUGGUGAUUCAUUAUGAUUCAGAUAAACAUAAUGAACAUAUAUUUCUUAUAAUGGAAUCAUAUCUGUUAUAGCGAUAUCACAGUUGCAAAGUGUUGCAAAGCAAGAUGACAGUUUCCUUGAUUUCUUUUUGUUCAGCUGUUUUGUUUCAAAUAUGUUUAGUUGACACAACUGAUGGAAUUAAAUUCAUCAUAUUAUUUCAAAAAUUAUAAUGACGUGUAUCACUAAUAUUUUUUUUAAUUUUGAUUUUGUGCAAAAUCUUUUACUGCAGCCAGUUAGAUCCUUCGAGGUUGUAUGCAAAAGAAGGACUAAGUUUUACUUCAUUCAGUUAUUUCCCAAACAUAUGAAUAGUUAAGAAAAUUCCAGUGUGGUGAGAUCAAAGGGUUAGACAUUAUGGUUGACAUUAUCUGUGGCUUGGCAAACGUGUAGAAUCUACACAUGUUAUUUCACAGGUAAAGCUGUACACCUGAGUUGUCUCCCUUUCUGUAAACUGAUUAAGUUCUGAUUUAAUCUUUUCAAAUGAUUAUGUGACACAAUAAGCUAUGAUACAAGAAUUGUAUUUGGAAUAUAUUAGUUGGAAAAUAUUAACAGUUAUUUAUUGCAUUUAAUAUAUAAAUGUACUCAUAAGAAGUAAAACCUGCGGUCAAACAUUAACAUGUUUUAAUGGAUUUUCAAGUUGUGGGUUUUCUAUAGACAAUGUGUAUAAUAACUUUAUUUGUCUAUUCUUAGUGUCUGAUAACUCAUCACUAUGCUGAGAAAACUAUUUUUGUUGGAAGGUAUAUGUGUGUGGUUUGAAUAAGGUUGGCAAAUGACUUGUUAAUGUGAUUCCCCAGUAGGAACCUUUUAUAUUAUAUUAAUUUACCUAGCAAUAAAUAUCACUCAAGCUGUA